UAAAAACGAUAUAAAACUUCAGCCUUUCAUUGGAGGAUCUGACGUUUUGCGUUAAAAACAAAGAUACAUUUUCUCAUCCAAAAUUAUUGUAUAUUUUUGUAAAUGGUCUUAACUUCAAUAUAGAAGAUAUCCUGAGUCAUUAUGAAAAUUUUUUUUAAUCUUUGAUUGGCCUCUUACCCAAUAAUAACAAUUGAAUUAUCACUCGUGACACGAAAGUGUGACAUCAUUGUAUUUUUUUCAACACUGCAGCCACUCAGCAAGUUUAAAGUGCCAAGACCGAGAACAAAGUUAUUUUGAACUAAAAAUUAAAAAUUACAGAUGAAGCUUUCAGCUUUCUUUAGAAGUUCUUUGGUAAUUUCGAUUCUAUUUCAAUGCAUGCUACUAUGUGAAAACACGUCCAUCAAAGACAAAAUUACAGGAGUUACGAUUAAGGUUUUGGAUAAACAGGUUAAAGCAUAUUUAGGAAUUCCGUAUGCAACACCUCCAGUUGGAAACUUGCGAUUCAGUGAACCUCAACCUGUUAAAGAUUGGGAUUUUGUUUACAAUGCAACACAGAAACCUCCUUCCUGCAUGCAAGAACCAAUGUUUUUUGACCCCGAGUGGCCAAAUCGUCAUCCUAAAGAAGUAAGCGAAGAUUGUCUCUAUAUUAAUAUUUGGGUCCCUGCUUCCACCACUUGUGGCGAUAAACUCGCUACUAUGGUCUGGAUCUACGGAGGAAGUUUCAGUGUUGGAUCUACAAGUAUGGAUAUAUAUGACGGAUCGUUUAUUGCAUCAAUGGGAGAAGUCAUCGUUGUUUCCUUCAAUUAUCGUCUAGGAGCAUUCGGUUAUGCAAAUUUUGGACAAGACGGUGCAGCUGGGAAUAUGGGAAUGUUGGAUCAAGUGAUGGCUUUAAAAUGGGUUCACGAAAAUAUAGAAGCUUUUGGAGGUGACAGGGAAUUAAUCACGGUUUUUGGUGAAAGUGCAGGAUCUAUCUCAGCUGCUCAUCAUCUGGUUUCCCCUAUGACGAAAGGCUUAUUUAAACGAGCUAUUCUACAAAGUGGUAGUAACUAUCAUAACUUAGUUAUCGUAGAACCUGAAGAUAAUAUUGAGACAACCUCAAAAUUGUCUAAAGAAUUAGGAUGUAAUGAAGAAGAUAUGUUAGAAUGCAUGAGGAAUGUGAAUUCUGUUGACAUAGUAGCUGCUGAAAAAAAACUAAAGAAGGAGAAGAAAACCUUGGCAAUCUUCCUUCCACAAAGUGGAUCGCCAUUACUUCCCGAACAUCCAUUUCAAAAUGUUGAUUCCGGUAAAUUUCACGAUGUAGAUGUUUUAAUUGGAGAAACAAGGGAUGAAGGUUCUCUAUUUUUACUUUUUAAUAAAUUAGAAUUAAUAAAGGAAGACGAACCAGUUUUAUCUAAAUCUGAAUCCGAGUCUAUACUGGGUGAUUCUUAUAAAGUGAAUAGCGAAUCUGUAAAUCGCAUCAUGCGGGAAUAUCUGGGAGAUAUUGCAGAUGAAGCUUCUUUUACGAUUACAAAGCAGACAAUUAAAGCAAUAGGACACGGAAUAUUUACUUGUCCGAUUUUUCAUUUAGCAGAGAAACUUUCUGAAAACAAUAGAAAAGUGUUUCAUUACACAUUUAAUCACACUCGGAUCAAAUCCCCAAUAAAGAAAUGGAUGGGGGUGCCUCACUUUCACGACGUAUCUUUUGUUUUUGGAAAACCAUUCAGCAGAGUAAAAGAUUAUACAACAGCAGAAAUGGAAUUCAGCAAAAGAACAAUUGAAUUAUGGACAUCGUUUGCAAAAACAGGGAAGCCUUCGUGUGAAGGAAUGGAAGAAUGGUUAGAAUUUGAUGAGAAAGAACGAAGAUCUCUGUCUCUUACUUUAGGAAAUAUCCAUCUUACAAAGGCAGAAGAGGAAAAAUGCAGAUUUUGGAAAGACUUUUACGGUUAUAAUUGAAUAAACGUAGGAUGAAAUUGUGAAUACUGUUUAAAUCACAAUAUUUGUGUCUUCACACAUCUCUGUACAGUACAUUCCCCAAUUUCAGCUAAAAUAUUGUGAAAGAUAUAAAAACAAGAAAAAGAAAAACUUAAAAGCAAUGAAAAAUAAAUUACUGUCAUAUAAAUUCUUUAAUGUUAUUAGAUCUUAUCUUUUCACUGUCAUUUAAAAUAACUUCAGAUUUAAUAAUAUUAAUUUUUUUUAAUUUAGUGGGGUUUCCUCCGAUAAUUUGUUCAAACUACAAAAACACUGUAAAGACUAUCUAAGUAUAAUUUUAUUUCAAAUU